UAGUCAAAAUUUCAUGAAUUAUAAUUAUAAUUACCACAGAAUAUUUUUUGGUAUCACAGAUCACCGUAUUUACCGUUUACCAUUUACCAGUAAUCAGUGAUUUGUUUGAAAGCGGCUUGAAUUCCAUAACCAAAGUAAAUUAUUUGUGUUUUGCGAAUGUUGGACAUGAAGUUUCAAAUUAUAAACCUAUUUAAAUUAAAACUCUUAUGAUCUUUGACUCAAUUCUUCAAUAACUUGGAGUCCAAUUGAAAAUCAGAAAUAAUUUUCAACAGCUGAGAUGCUCUAUUAUACCUACUUUAUGAGAAAAGAAGGUUUCCAAUUCAAUAUCACUAUUUAACUUCAGUGAGACAUUCCUUAGCAAGGAACUGAUGGAAAACAAUUUAUUUCAAAUCGAGGAAGGUAGAAAUGGAUGAAAUAAUAGAUCUCACAGAUGUAACUCAAAUUUGUAGAAUCUGUUUAAAACAGAAAGAUGAUCUUUCACCCUUGGAUACUGUAAUGAAGUUUGAGGAAAAAGGGUACCCAUCAAUUAACGUACUGCAGGCACUGGUAUCGUUAACAUCUAUUCCAGUUGAAGUUGGGCCAAAUCUUCCAUCGAAUUUAUGUUGGAAGUGUCUAGAAUUGACGAAAUCUGCAUUCCUGUUCAAGUCCAAAUAUGAAAAGUCAGUAUCCAUUCUGAAAAUUGUCACUUCAAAUGUAUUUAAAAUCAAUAAGGUUGCCUCUGACUACCAGCAGAAAGUUUGCAAUAUUCAGAAGUCCUCUUCUGCACAACAAAAAAAUCAGGUCCUUCAAGAAAUUUUACAACAACAAGCUAGUGAACAGAAUGGCGAAAAUUUAUUGUCACCAUCUUGUGAACCAGCUAACGAAUCGAAUGAAGAAUAUGAGCAAGAACAAAAUGAAUCGUUGAAAACUGAAUGCAACGAUACGAUUGAGGAGAAACCUAAGCUACAUCCAUGUCCAAUAUGCGUAGUAGAAUUACCAGCAUUAGAACUUCGAGAGCAUAUUCACAGUCAUCGAUCGCUCAAAAGCUAUUUAAGCGUGCCAAAAGUCUCCCCGAAUGCAAGAUUUUUUACAAAUCCCAAGUCGAGUAGGUUUGUCCAACAGAAAAACAGGUUGCACACUUGCCCAAAGUGUGACGAAAAUAUAUCAGCGUCAGAAUUUCAGCAGCAUAUACAAAGUCGGCAUCGUUUCGAAAAUAAGUUUUCCUGCGACAAGUGUGACCGAACCUUUGACAGAGUCAACUAUUUGAAUAUCCACCGACUCACACACAUGAAAGAAUAUCCGUUCCAAUGUAAAGAGUGCAACAGAGGUUUCGUUGUGAAAAAAAAUUACGAGUGCCAUCUGCUGAAGCACAGAGACAUUUUACUCCACUCUUGUGAAUUUUGCUCUAAAAGGUUUUCAAAUCCUGAACAUUUACAUCGCCAUCGAACUGUACAUACGGAAAAUAUGACUUACGGGACUAAAUACAAAAGUAAGCGGUGUCGAAAAUGUUUGCUCGUUUUCGAUAAAGAUAAUGUUCGUGGUGAUCACGACUGCAAUGCUAAUAUGGUCACCUGCAGGUUCUGCAGUAAAGUUUUCAAGAAUAUCAGCUCGAUGUACAGUCAUCUCCAAGCUGUGCACAGAAAAAAGAAGGGUCUGUGUUCGAUUUGCGGUGUCAAGUCCAAAAACAUUGCUAUUCAUAUGCGUCUCCAUACAAAAAGCCAAAAACAGAAAUCGCAGUAUAUGAGAGGGCUAUGCUCUAUUUGCGGAAUUUAUGUUGCCAAUAUUUACAAUCACAUGGCAAGGCACAACAACUCCAGGAUUCAUAAAUGUUCUCAGUGUUCCAGAGCUUUUUGUACUCGACAGGGUCUUAUCAAGCAUCAGAAGACUCAUACGGGGGCAAAGCCUUAUAGUAAGUUGAAAAGUAUUGGUUUCAUUUGUACAAAAAUACAAUACCCUCAUAGGGUACAGAACGUGCCAAAUUGGAUAAAUAAAUAUCAAUAUAAUAGGUCUUUUGAAAAAAUAAGGUAAUGUUCAAAUUUUGCG